UCCAACAAACGUCUGGUGGAAAUAUAUAUUUUGUUCAUGCAAAGGAAUUAUUAUAUUAUCCUGUCAUCUAAACUCUCCCGGGCGUACUAUUUAUAAAAGCGGAUUAUGAAUUAUUCCGGAAUUAAACAGACAACACAAAGAAACGUGUGUCCUGCCAACAAUGUAGCUAUGUCGGAGACCAUAGACAGUGUUUAAUUGCGACUUACAUAGAUAUACAUUUAAGGCCUUCAUUGGGUAUCAUACACACAGUAAGUGUGAAGUUGAUUAUUAGAUUCUUCGUUCUCCUUCCCGAUGGAUAUCACUUCUCUUGUCUGAUGAAGGAACUCCUGUCAACUGGACUGAUGUCUAUUAGCAGACUUUUCGGAUAAAUAUACAGCAGGUCACAAUAAUGGCGUCACAAGGAACUCCUCGUAUUCCAGGGAAUAAAUUCCGGAUAGAUGGUCAGGCGAUGAAGAAGACACACGUACCUGUUGGUAGUGGCAUAGUGACCACCAAGGCAGACAAACAGGCUGACUCAUCGUCUCCUCGGUCUACACACACCGAAGGUGAACUGGAUUGUGAGACUGAUACGGAAGAGGCAGUACCUGUAAUUAAACAACUUCUCGACUUUAAUCAAAAUCUUCAACUACAAAUUGAGGCACUCCGGAUGCGUCUUGCUUUCGACAGCAAGAGUCACGAGAAAGAAAAAUAUUCCGCUGUUCAACAGACAGAGAUGAAAAUGAAAGAAAAAGAGGCAGAAAUUGACGAUUUAAAGUUGGUAUUAGCUACCAAGGAAGGGAAGAUAGGAAAUCUCCAAAGUGAAAACCAAAACAAAGGUUCAGAGAUUGAGAAACUACAGCAUCAUAUAACGGAAAUAAAGAAGGAUAUCAAUACAACCAGAUCAUACGCAAACGACCUCCAGAAAGAAUUGAGGAGACUUCAAGCAGAAAACAAAAGACUUGAGAAAGGCACGUCUUACGAGGAGAAGGAAGGAUACAUUGCUGAUCUUAAGAACGAGAUCGAUGCACUAAAAUCAAAUUUGGAGACAAUGGAAAAGGAAUUAGAGAAGGCGCGGACGAUCAUCACAACACAGGGGAGUAAGAUUAGGUUGUUUGAAAAAGACAAGAGCAACAUGCAGGUGAAAUUCAAGGAAGAGUUAUCACGUAUGUCACAAAUGAUGAGGCGCGAGGUAGAGAAGAUGAGGGAAGUAAUGAGACAACAAUGGGAGGAGAUGAGGAUUAUGAGAGAACAGAACAAUGAGAUGGGUCGCGAUAUAAAGGAAAUUAAGAAUAUGCUGGUGAUGACUCAUCAGGACUCCAACAGGUCGAGGAGCCCGCCCGGGUACGGACAGGUGUUCAAACCCACGCUCCCUACUCUCACCAGGGACACCAAGAGGAUUCUAACAGGCAAGAGGAAGUGAGCCCGGACAUCUAUUACCAAAUAUGUGCCAAACUAGUCACUGCAAGACUAAGUAAAUCAUGUUAUGUCAAUUCGAAUGAUGUCAGACUAUUUUAGAAAUGUCCUGGGUGAAGUAUUGACAUGAAUGACUGUUUUUGUUUUGUUUUGUUUUUCUUUUUGAUAGAUGUUUGUUUUGUACUGCUUUUAUCGUCAUCUCCGUAAUGAUUAGGUGUGGGUAACAGAGGAACGAUCUAGCGCCAUUCAUUGCCUGCUUGGUGCGUUGUUUGCAACAUGUACUGAGUACAAUAAGAUAUUUAUUGAGUGCCAAAUUGACUAUCAAAACUGACAUUUUUAAUAAUUGAUUAUCAUAGAAAUAUAUAGUGUAAUCAGUGUGUCUUCUGGUAAUGUCGAUUUUUUAUCAACAAUCAAUAUCAUCAUAGGAUUGGCUCACUUUACCAGCCCAAAUUCUUUGUCGGAAACAUGGUAUCUUGUCAUUGUGAAUGUGACGGCUGCAGUGCUGAUUACCUUUUUAAAUCAAGUUACAGAUGUACCAGAACUUUAGAGAGGCGCAGUUGCUGAGUGCUUAAUGUGUCCCGACACUUUAACACUUCGAAAUCCACGGAGCAGUUGCCUGGUACUGACCGUAGGCCGAUGGUUUUUCUCCGGAUACUCCGUCUUUUCUCCACCUCCAAAACCUGGCACGUCAUUAAAUGACGUUGGCUGUUAAUAGGACGUUAAACAAAAUAACCCAAACCAGAACUUUAGAUUGAAGCGCGACAUGGAAAGAUGUGGAAUAAAAAAUAUCAUACACCGUACAUUUCUCUGCACUGAAUAACUUGAGAAAUAACACCAUGUGUUGGGACGUCGUAAUGUGUUUGUUGACUUCCUUGUCUUCGAUAUCGAUUAGGGUUUAUUGCCGUUCUUGUUGACACAAUAGAUUAUAUUUAAGUAAUAAUAGACUGAAUUUAAAACAAAAUCGAUCUUACUGGUAUCAUAAAACAGGUGAACUACAUCUAUUGUACGUGUACUAUUUAGCCACUUGAACGGGAAUUCCUGUGAGGUGAACGCUCUUUAACAGCUAUAUAUCAUAUUGAUAAUCCCGAAACAGUGGCUUUUGACACGGCAUGGUUCGUUAUGAAUAUACUUUUUAUUUCAUCGCAAAAUUAUCAACAUGGCAAUUUGGAUAGAUAGAAAUACAUUCCAUGAGAGAGCAAUUCAUCAGUUUAAUUUAUCAUUUUCUUUUGGCAUUCAUAUUGGCUAUAAAUGCCAACUGAAAGCAAUUUGUUACAUGCAUUUGCAUUUUUGUCAUAUUAUCAACAAAGAAAAAAAGGACUAGGUUGUACACAGGAUUUACUCAAUGGUUUUAAUCGUUCAAAUAAUGCUGAUGAUAAAGAUUGACCUAUAGCAAUCAUGACUUUAUGACUGCCCAAGUAAGGUUUGUAGUGAAAUUGCCUUACACUGGUAACUAUUUGAUAAUCAAGUCACAUAUUAGAGGAUAAUGUCGAUUUAUGAAGUCAUUUGUUAUUCCAUAACAUAAAGUUAAAUGUUACUCGGCUCAUUUUCACACUAAGACAAGAUCCACUGUUUUUGUUUUGUAGCAAAAUGAUAUAAACUAUUAGCGAAACAGACGUAAACUGACAACUGCUAAAAGUAAUAUUCAUUCACAUAUGUACAGUGUACAUUUUCUCACUACUUAUCAAGUUUUAUUCACGUUUAAUAUACUCCCAUCAAUUGCAAAAAAAAAAAAAAAAUCAACAAAACGAAAUAUCGGUGAAUUUGGGACAUUUUUUAACCUUCGAUACCGCCUUAUACUUUACCGAAACAUCAAAUAUGUAAGCUUUCCCUUUCAACAUGUUAUUGACAAUCAUUAACCACCCUUUUACGCCACAUAAUGGUUUACUCUUGCUGGAAUACAAUGAGGAUUAUUCCUGGGGAGGUAAUUCGUGAUAUUUUAGAUUAAUUACUGUUGUGUAACUCCAGUGUCAAUAUAUUUGCGUGCAGCACUGUCUGUGCUUGUGUUGAAGUGAUCCGAAAUUAUGUGAACUUGUUGCAAAAUAUUCUCGCUAUAAUAAAAUGAAAAGAAAAAUGCUG